GGAAGACCAGCUACCCACCAACAUGAGCAGCUUUGCCAGACUGGGAGGACCAUCUUAAACCAGCUACCAGGUUAUGCUGGUCUUAGCUGGAUUUUUCAGUAGGGUUGUACUGGUGUCUGUUCGUACAUGAGGAAUUAUACGUAGUUUAAACGAUGUUACGCAGAUUAUGUAGAAUUUAUUAAAAAUCUUUGUUGUUGUUGUUACACUGCUAUAUGACAGCCAAUCAUUAUAUUAGACACCCCUUUUCCCACAAAGGCGGUUUAUUCAGUUUACUAAAGACUCUCCUCCAUAGACUUACAUUCAAAGAAAACGGCCUCUGGCCUUUUUGCGCGUUUUUUGCUAAUCUAAUGGGGCUUUGGGUAAGCCCCCCACCUUCCGACCCUUGCAACGCCCCUGGCCGCGUGUACAACAAAGCGACUUUGACUGACAGCAGGCAGAACACGCCCACUUGCGCGUGCUCGCCUUUACCUGGAGGUCGCGCGCUUGCCGUCGGAGUCCGUCAUAGUGAAGAUGUUACCGGUGAGUUCACACGCGCAUCAGGUGAUCAGCUGUCCUGAGAUAUGGAGACCGUGGGAUAUUUCAAUAAGACAAACACAAUUUAAUAAAAUGACAUCUGGACGCCUAAGCAGAGUCGAUCGACCUGAAGAAGCUUUCCAGCAUCCAGUGAGGCUGUUCCUGCCCAGAUCCAGAAUGCUGGAGUAUCUGUCUCAUCUCGGCAAGAAGGUUCUGGCCAGUUUUCCAGUUCAGGCAACGCUACACUUUUACAAUGACGAAGACUCUGUCUCUGAGGAUGAAAGCGACGACACAGACGAGUCUCGUUCAGCUUUCAGGAAGUCCAUCAGUGUUUAGGAAACAUGCACGUUACAGGAAACAGUGCUGAUCCACGGAGAACACAGACAAGAUGAACAUCACCUGAGACGGGCAGAGAUACAGAACAACAGGUCCGGUCAUGAGGCUCUGUACUGACCUUUGACCUGAGGAAGACCAAUAUUCACUGCAUCAUGUCAUCUUCUUAGCUUUCAUCUUUAUGUUUUGUUGUUUGUUUAAACUUGGUGCCCUUUAUGACAGCAUAUUAUAUGAUAACAAUGUGAUGAUUUAUCUGAUAGUAUUCUGAUUAUGUUCAUUUGUGUGAUAUUGCUAAAAUUAUUGUACAGUUGCAUUUAUUGGGUGUGUAAAUCUAAAUAUUCUUUCAUAUUAAAUAAAAAAAAUCUAUAAUA